AUGUCUAACCUUAAUGACGAAGGGUUUGUUAAUUUAGAUGAUGAGAAUGAAAUGAAUGUUUCAAAUAAAAAUGCAUCAGAUGAAGAAAGUAGUGGAAGUGAUGUCGGUUUUGGUAAUGAGGAAGAUGAUGUGCAUAUUGAUAGUAAUGAUAAUGAAUACAAAAGUUUAAUGGAUUUGACUGUAGACGACAUAUUGGGUUUGAAAUUUGGUAGUGAACAUGAUGCAUAUAAAUUUUACUUUGCAUAUGGUAAAUUUCAUGGUUUUGGGAUUAGGAAGGAUGACAUUGGUCAUGAUGCAAAUGGAAAAAUAGUAAUGCGUCAAUUUUUAUGCAAUAAAGGGGGCUUAAGAGACAAAAAACAUCUUAUGAGAGAUGAUAGAAAAAAGGGGCAUAGGCCUCUUAGUCGUACUAAUUGUAAAGCAAAACUUCGUGUACGGGUUGAUCCAAAGACAAGUAAAUGGAAAGUUGUGUCAUUUGAGGAAGGUCACAACCAUGAGAUGUGCCACUCAAAUUAUGUGCCAUUCAUUAGGACUUAUCGUGGAUUGUCAAGUACUGAUAAGGGUCAAGUUAAUUGUUUGCAUGAACAUGGGGUUAGAGCAUGCCAUAUAAUGGGAUACAUGAUGGACCAAAAGGGAGGUCAUUUAGGCAUUGGGUUUAAUAAGAAAGACCUUUUUAACCACAUUGAGCGAUAUAGACAUUCUAAAAUCCAAGAUGGGGAUGUUUUGGCUGCCUUAAGUUAUCUUCAAGGCAAGGCUGAUAAUGAUCCAAUGUUUUAUGCUAAAUAUAUGUUAGGAGACAAUGGAAAAAUGGAACAUUUGUUUUGGGCUGAUGGUACUAGUAGGUGUGACUAUCAAUGUUUUGGCGAUGUUGUUGCAUUUGAUAGUACCUAUAAGAAGAACAAAUACAACAAGCCUUUGGUAAUAUUUUCUGGAAAAAAUCAUCAUGGGCAAACUGUUAUUUUUGGUGCUAGUUUGAUUUCUGAUGAAACCACCGAUACUUAUAAGUGGGUGUUAGAAGCUUUUUUGGAAGCUAUGUCUCUUCAGCAGCCUAAGGGGGUAGUGACAGAUGGUGAUGGGGCUAUGAGGGAGGCAAUUAGGCAAGUAUUUCCUAUGGCAACACAUAGACUUUGUGCAUGGCAUCUACAAAAGAAUGCUUGUCAGAAUGUGAAGAAUUGCAAAUUUUUAGCUGAUUUUAAAAAGGCAAUGUAUGGUAAGUUUACCCCUGAAAAGUUUGAAACAUUUUGGAAGGAAAUGGUUAGCAAAAACCAGGUUGAAGGAAAUAACUGGAUUUUGCAAAUGUAUGAAAAAAGGUGUAUGUGGGCAAAUGCUUAUCUACGAGAUAAAUUUUUUGCUG